AUUUCUCUCAUUUGUCAUUUUCUGAGUGACUUGAUUUAAUCUUGGAAAAAUUAGUGGAACUGCAGUGAGAAUGGUGUUUAAAACAGGCGCAUAGGUAGACAGCACUGCGUUCUCAGUGACGUUACCCCGGAGCGCCGGCGGGAGAAGGACCCUAGCAUUCCGUGGUGAUGACUCACCCUGGCUCCGCCCUCGACCUCGCGCUCCGGAAGGAAAAAGGAAAGGCGACGCGUGCGCGACAGCAUGGAGUUAGUCUGCGGCUGCUACGAGCAGGUCCUUUUCGGAUUCUCGGUGCGCAGGGAGCCCGGGCCGAAUGACAAGAGCGAGAAAUGGACUCCUGUGGCUGAUUUUACUCACCACGGCCAUGCUGCCUCCUUGUCAGCAGUGGCUGUAAAUAAUCGUUUUGUGGUCACUGGAAGCAAAGAUGAAACAAUUCACAUCUAUGACAUGAAAAAAAAGGUAGAACAUGGAGCAUUGCUACAUCAUAAUGGCACAAUAAAUUGUUUGAAAUUCUUUGGUAAUGGGCACUUAAUUAGUGGAGGAGAAGAUGGACUAAUUUGUGUUUGGGAUGCAAAGAGAUGGGACUGCUUGAAGUCUAUUAAAGCACAUAAGGGACAUGUGACUUCUCUUUCUGUUCAUCCAUCUGGCAAAUUGGCACUAUCAGUGGGAACAGACAAGACAUUACGAACAUGGAAUCUUAUUGAAGGAAGAUCAGCAUUCAUAAAAAACAUAAAACAAAAUGCUCACAUAGUUGAAUGGUCCCCUGGUGGAGAGAAAUAUAUAGUUGUCAUAAUAAACAAGAUAGACAUCUACCAACUUGAAACUGCUUCCAUUACCGGUACCAUCACUGCUGGCAAAAGAAUUUCUUCUGUUACAUUUAUUUCAGAUUCCAUACUUGCUGUGGCUGGAGAUGAAGAAAUUGUAAGGUUGUUUGAUUGUGAUUCACUAAAAUGUCUCUGUGAAUUUAAGGCUCAUGAAAACAGAGUAAAAGAUAUUUGCAGCUUUGAUGUCCCAGAGCAUCAUGUUAUUGUUACAGCAUCUAAUGAUGGCUUCAUCAAAAUGUGGAGAUAUAAACCAAACAAGAAGACUCCUCCAUCCUUACUAUGCGAAGUAAAUACUAAAGCCAGACUUACCUGCCUUGGGGUGUGGCUUGACAGAGUUACAGAUGUUAAAGCAGAUGUUGAAGAUCAACUUCCUACAGCUGCAGUCCUUUCUCCUGAAGAACAACAAGAAUUCAUAACUAACCCCCUGAAAUCUGAUGAGUCAGCAGGAAAACAGCAACAGUCCAAGAAAGUUGGUUGUACUAAGGAAAGUAAAAAACCAAUAAAAGCAGAAAAUGUACCGUCAGUCAAGAAAAGAAAAUUGGGAGGUAUAAUAGAAAAGAAGAAAAGAAAAAAGACACAAAUCGCUGAAUAAAUCUUUGAAAAUUCAAGAAAGUUUUUGUAAUGGAAUCAUUUCUCAAUUUUUCCUAAUCUUAUUUUUUUAGUAAAAAUAAAGAAUUUCUACAUAUGAGAUUCAUGUGGUAUAUAUAUGAAAACUUAUAUUCUAAAGGUCUUUCUUUGUUGAAUGUCGAUAAUAUAGUAACAUAAACUAUGCAAUAUUUUUAUAUAAAGUAAAUAAGGUUUGAAUUUAUAAUCUUCAGAAGUUCUAAUCCUAUUCUUUUCAAAUUCAAAUGUAAAAUUAAUAGAGAUGGAUUUUAUCAGUGUGGUGAGAAAAAUAUUUUUUAAAAGUUGUAAAAUUGUUUUUAAAAAAAAUUGAAAAAGUUUCUAAAUGAUGUUGGAAAGGCUAACAUUUAAAAUGUUGUUUUCAUCACUUCUACCAAGAAUGAAAGCAAAUCGUAGUUGACAUGUGACUCAGUAUUCUCAGUAAAGAUGAUCACACAGUAUUCAUUCUGCUCAUUGAAAUAGCAAAAUUAAGAAAAGAGUGCUUAAUGCAAAUAUACAGAGAACCAAAUACUUGAAGCCUGUAGAGAUGAACAAGGAAGUAAUAAAAUAAAAAAUUUAUUAAAUGUGAGUUACAACUUUUUUUCCUUUUAAGGCAAGGUUUAAGUAAUGAGAUAAUUAUUCAAAGACUCCUUUUUUAUGGGUAGGACAUAUUAUGUGAGUAAAAUAAAAAAUAAAUACUUGGAUUUGCAAAUAUUAAGUUACAUGUUAAAAGGAUAAAAAUGGCAGGAAUAAAGUCUGAAAAAGCUAGCAACCUAUUGUAUCUGAAAUUUCAAUCUACAUCUUCCAUGAGUCUGGGGCUUUAAUCAAUAGACUCAACUUCUCCAAAGAUGGGAAGUUCAAUAUUCAUAAGAGUUCAUAGGGGAUUAAGAAGUGAAAGUUUAUUGUGAGGAUCAGGUUAGUGCCGGUGUUUGCUGACUAGAUAUAUAGAAAAAAUUUUGCAAAGCAAUACAGAGUCUGUGGAUUCAGUGUUGUGGAAUUACCAAGUAGACCUUUGGCUAUUUACACAGUUAGAUCCACUAAGAUGGCCUUUAUAUGAAAUAAUGGCCUAUAGUGAAAAUUGGUGAGGCAAGUUUCAAUGUAGUUCUAAUAAUAUUUGAAAAAUUUUAAGUGAUUACCACUUAAUUGCUAUUUAACUAUUUUGAUUUAAUCUUCAAAGAUUUUUUUAAAACUAAAGCUUAAAUUAUGACUUUAUAUUUCUUUGUUUUCCAAAGUAUGUUUAUAUUUGACACUAUUAAUGCAGAAAGUAUAUCUAUUUAUAUAGGAAGUAUCCAUUGUGACUAGAGAAUGGCUUAGAUCUAAGCACCAUAAAAGCAUUUGCCUCUCAAAGUGAUCUAAAGGAUUCUGUUGGGCAAAAGGUGUGUUUCAUUUUUCUCAUCUGUAAAACUACAUAGUUCUUAAAGCUUACAAUCUUAAAAAAAAAAAAAAAAAAAAAAAGCUUCCAUCAUAUCCCCUUUAUGUUCUGUAGCAUGAAAAAGUUCUUGCCACUGAAGUCCUUAGUACUAUGAUAUUUAAAUAGUACAACUAAAUUUAAUUUUAUCAGUGGAAAUGAAUAGGUCACUCCCAUUUCUUCAUCUCUAGAAUGCUCCUAUCAUCUACUUCAUAGCAUUGCAAAGAAAAUGCAUUGCCAAUUGGUUGUUAUAUAAAAAAGCAAGCUAUUGUUUCUAUAUGUAACAUCUAGAAACAAAUAUUCUGAACUUUAUAGCAAAACCUCAUCACUUAUAGUUUCCAUUUCAAUAAGAUGAGGUGGUGUCCUUGUCUUGUUAGAGACAAUAUGGACAUUAAUGUGAAUGUAAUUGAAUUCUCAGUUCACCAAGCAUUAAUAUUGAACACCGAUUAUAAACCAUGUACUGUAAUAGGUGUCAGGGAUGAGGGAAUAAAACCUGGACUUGUGAUUUCUUUUGUAUAAGGAACUCCUGACCAUCUCAUCCUUUCAUUAUACCACUUCUAUCUGUCAUCUUCAUCUUUCUCCCCUGUGGACCUUGAAUUUUGCCCCUGGGAUUCUGUGCUCUGAAAGAUGAGCAUUCACUCUAACUCUGUUAGGACUAGGCCUCUGUGUUACUUCUGACCAUCUCCAUAUUCGUACUGCUGUUCUUCCCUUUUCACCUCCUCUUUAUGGGUAGUCUUCCCCCAUUAGAAUGUAACUGAGGACAGAAAAUUAAAAAGUAUAUACAAAAUGACAUCUGAUGUGAAGUCAUGGGGCAGUAGGUUGUCUUGCCCUCAGUAGCAAUGAUAAUAUUUUAAAAAUCACAUUUAUUUAAUAUUUCCCCCAGUUAUAUUUAGAAUAACUUUUUUACAUUAAAAAAAAAAAAAAAAAAACUUGGGUCGCAAUUCUCUCCCUUG